GCUCUGAGCCUGGCUUUAUGUGCAGGCAGAAGUAUUUUCAGUCAGUGUGGGAACUGCCGUGGUGAGAGAUCUCAGUGCAUCGCUUCUUCUGGGUACUGUCAUCUUGGCACCAUUAUCUACAAAAACUGAUUCCUGCCCUGUUAUGGACAAGCAAGCUGAGGUUCCAUGAAGUCAGCUGGGAUCUAAGAAAGAAAAUGAAAUAGUUUGACCCUGCUGUGCAGGUGGAGGAUCUUGUUGAUUAGAGUACAGUUGAAAAGUUGAAUGCAGCAUGUUUUGCCCACUGAUUGCUACCCUGAUUGCAGUGUUACUGAGUUGUUCUUUGAGCCUGAGUGAUUUGAUUGCUUCCUCUCCUGAGCUAAUGGUCCAUAUGGGUGAUUCGGCUCUGCUGGGAUGUAAGUUCCAGAGCACAGAAGAGAAACCUCUGAUCAAAGUAGACUGGCUGUUCUCAUCAGGAGAGCAUGCGAAGAAUGAAUAUGUGAUGUACUAUUAUUCCAACCUCAGUGUGUCUGUGGGGCGAUUCAAGAAUCGGGCACGCCUGGUGGGCGACAUCUUGCGCAGCGACGGUUCUCUCCUGCUGGAAAAUGUGCAAGAGGCUGACCGGGGAAACUUCAGCUGUGAAAUCCGCAGGCAGGGGGAGAACGUGGUGGUGAAGAAAAAAGUGCAAGUGCACGUGCUGCCAGAGAUGCUAAGAGAGUUCGAGGUCCAUGUGGGUGAUUCGGCUCAGAUGGGAUGUGUUUUCCACAGCACAGAAAAGAAACAAAUGACCGAAGUGAGGUGGACGUUCUCUUCAGGACAGGGUGCCAAGGAGGAGAGUGUUUUACACUAUGACUACAAAUUCAACAAGCCCAUGGGGUACCCUCAGGGCCAGGGCCGCUUCCAGAACCGCGUAGCCCUGGUGGGGGACACUUUCCACAACGAUGCUUCCAUCGUGCUCCAAAGAGUGAAGGUGUCUGACCAAGGAAACUACACCUGCAGCAUCUACCUGGGGAAUGUGGUGUUCAGGAAAACCGUGACGCUGCAAGCAAUCCAGAAAGAUUCAAGAUCAACUUCUGGACCUGAGGGCCUGGGCGGGAAUCAGUUGGUGAUCAUUGUGGGGAUCAUCUGCACCACUCUCCUGCUGCUCCCUGUUUUGAUAUUGAUUGUGAAGAGGAGCCACAGGAAUACGAGUUCAGUAAAUUCUUCAGCCAUGGUGAAAAACCUGGAGAAAACAGGGAUGGAUACUCCUGAGAAGCACAUCUACUUCUCAGUACCUCCAUGGGAUGUCGGGGAGGAAGAGCCAAGUGGACAAUCAGAGGCCACCUACAUGACAAUGUAUCCAAUUCUUCCCUCUCUCAGGUCAGAUCCAAAUAACUCACUUGAAAAAAAGUCAUCUGCGAGAACUUUGAAAACAGAGCCAACUUUCUGAGAAGAAAGGAGGGCCUCCAUCAUCUCAGCAGUGGUAGGAACCUGUCCUCUGUCACAGCUGCUUCACACUCCUGCCUAUUGGCUGCCCUGGGCCUCCGUCCAGGGGACGAAGAUGGAGGGUUUGGAACCUGGCAGGAAGACUGGACAGCUGGGAAGGAGGAACAGCUGUGAUGAAGGAGGGAGGGGAGAGAGUGUGAACUUGGCCCCUGAAAUGGGGCCUGGUCUGGGCAGCCUCAAGCACUCCACCUGACAGACCCUUCAUGUGGAUUGUAUUUGUGGGUGAGCCCCUGGGGCAAAUCACAGAGAAUCAGAACAACCUGUUUCUUCUGAUGAAUUAUUUCUAAAUAAACAUGAUGUGUGGAAA